GAUAGAAGACGAAAAAAUUGUGGCGCGCCUACCCAACCCAGACAGCGGCCUGCCUGUCAGUGCCUGGGAUGAGCGAGAGUCAGUAACGUUAGUGCGAGCGAGACCUUGGCUGGGCCACGUAGCGAUGGAUCUACAGUAGCACCGAGUCUACCACAACAUAUCAGUGUCAUACAUUCUAAAAAUGCAUUAGUAAACACAUUUUCAAUCGAGCAUGCAAUAGGAUUAUCAAACAGUGGUGAACUGCAACAGUAUAGUUGGCUCUUUUUGUGCGUCUGCAGCACUCCAGAAUCCCUGCAACUCUGAUUGCACGAAAUGAGAAAGAGGGCGCUCUCACCGAAGGCGGCAGAUUGCAGAUGGCUCCUGAAACGAGCCACAGAAGUUCUGACUGCAGCUCAACGUCCGGCGUGAAGCUCACCCUCAAGGUAGAAGCUUAAAGACUGAAGCCCUAACGGACAAUAUAACACUGACAGCCUCGAGUGAGAGACUAACCUGAGAGGCUUCAUCUGCGGAGAGACCAAAACCUCAUCGAGGUUGAAGAGCAGACACCCCAGCUUCCAGAGAAGCUUUGAGAUUCAAGCUCAACAGAAGCCUAAGCUUGUAGCAGAAUGCCACUCACGGUCUGUCCUCAGCCUUUGUCCUGUGGUGAGCAUGGAUCCCCUGUUUGAAUCUGGGUGACGCUUUCUUCCCUUCGCCCCUUCCUCCUUCCUGUCUCCUCAGUGGCGGGAGGGGUGGGGGAUUGCUACCGUUCCCCCUGCCCCUCCUUACAACAUAGCGAGGUUACUCUCACAGUUUAAGAAUAGCAUCACUGCUAACAAACCUCUGGCUGAGCUUCAACUAGCACUACUACAGUCUUCCCCUCCCACACACAUGAAAUCCUGCCAGAGCCUGAAGGGAGAGGUGUCCAGCCCAGGUGGGAUGUCACAGGAGGGGCGCAGAACGCAGCAGGUAACCCAGUCCUACUACCACACCCCCGCCCCAGACCUGGACCUAACGGGCAAGCUGUACAAGCGGGAGGGCGGGGGCAAGCCUUACUCUGUGCUAGUGGACAACAAGAUGACAGCCAAGACCCCCAUGGGUGACCAGACUCCCAGUCAGCUGUCCCCGCAGCAUGUUACCUCCCCCCAGCAGCAGUACUACAGAGAGGGGACAGUAGGGCAGGAGGGGGGCGCGCAGGGGGCCCAGGCAGGCAAUGGGGGCACCUCCGAGGACUCAGAGGAAGAGGAGGAGUCAUUCAAUCGGGAGCAGAUCAUCGUGGAGGUCAACCUGAACAAUCAGACACUUAACGUAUCAAAGGGGGACAAGUCCGCCCCCCAAACCGAUGCCUCAGAGAGACACUGCAACGAGGAGGAGGAGGAGGAAGAAGAAGAUGAGGAAGAUGUGGAAGAAGAUGAAGUUGAAGAGGAGGAAGAAAUAGAGAGUCGUAGAACGAGAGCCAAGAGGGCUCGGCGUGGGGUGGUCCCCGCUACCAGCCAGUCCCGGAGGAAGACCCAGUGCACCGCUCUGAGCACCACCGGCAUGACCACCAGGGGCCGACGGAAGAAGACCACCCAGCCACCCAAGAGGACACGCCGGACUGCCAGGGAGGGCAAGGGGACCCCCUCAGCUGGCUCUGCCACAGGGGAUAAAGCGGAUGGGGAGGAGCGGGAGACGCUGGCGUGUGAGAAGUGCCCCCGUGUCUUCAACACCCGCUGGUACCUGGAGAAGCACAUGAAUGUCACACACAGACGCAUGCAAAUCUGUGACAAGUGUGGCAAGAAGUUUGUCCUGGAGAGUGAGCUGGCCUUACACCAGCAGACUGACUGUGAAAAGAACAUCCAGUGCGUCUCCUGCAACAAGUCUUUCAAGAAGCUGUGGUCGCUGCACGAGCACAUCAAGAUCGUGCACGGCUACGCAGAGAAGAAGUUUGCCUGUGAGAUCUGUGACAAGAAGUUCUACACGAUGGCUCAUGUCCGCAAGCACAUGGUUGCUCACACUAAAGACAUGCCGUUCACCUGUGAGACCUGUGGCAAGUCGUUCAAGCGCAGCAUGUCCCUGAAGGUUCACUCGCUGCAGCACUCUGGGGAGAAGCCCUUCCGCUGUGAGAACUGUGCUGAGAGGUUCCAGUAUAAGUACCAGCUACGCUCCCACAUGAGCAUCCACAUCGGACACAAGCAGUUCAUGUGUCAGUGGUGUGGCAAGGACUUCAACAUGAAGCAGUACUUUGACGAGCACAUGAAAACACACACAGGAGAGAAGCCAUUCAUCUGUGAGAUCUGUGGGAAGAGCUUCACCAGCCGGCCCAACAUGAAGCGCCACCGCCGCACCCACACAGGAGAGAAGCCCUACCCCUGCGAGUUGUGCAGCCAGCGCUUCCGCUUCUCCAACAUGCUCAAGGCCCACAAGGAGAAGUGCUUCCGGGUCACCAGCCCUGUGACCCUGCAGGCCAGCAGCCUCCCCCUGCCUCUCCACCUCUCUGUCACCUCCUCCUCUGGCCCCGGCCCGGGCCUCGCCCCCUUAGCUGCCACCACCUCCGCCCCUCUGGGCCUCAGCCCGACAGGGGGGGCUCUUCCCCCUCGCGCACCCGUGGGCCACCCCACCUUCUCCCAUCUGCACAUGACCCCCUCUCACCAUCUCCCUCACCACCAAACGUCGCAACAACAGCAGCACCACCCCGGCACGCCCCUGCAAGCACUCCCUCUGCCCCACCACCUCCUGCCUGUGCCCCCCGUCUCCCCUCCCCCCGCGCUCUUCAAGAGCGAGCCUCUCACCCACUGUGGGCAGGAGGACAGCAGCUACCUGCGUUACAUGGCACCGCAGGACAAGGGGCCUGGGGCUCCCCAGCAUCACUGAACCCUAUGUGGGCUCCAGGCCUGCCUGCCACACCUCGAUUACCCCCACCCCAACUCUCCCUGGCCCCUGGUGUAGAGCGGCCCCUCGAAGACUGAUAUGAACAAGACACUCAGAGCUCAGUACACCAGUGUGUGAGGGAUACAGACAGGUACACUUUCAGUCUACACUUUAGAUAAGUGAGUGACCCACUUAGCUAGAAACCCAGGUCAACUGACACAGAUUUUACAACCUCUUGCUCAUAUCUUUUCUUGUGAAAAUAUUCUUAGAAAAUCCUGUAUUCUAAGACAACCUGCCUCCCAUGGUAGAAGGCUGUGUGUGUACCGGUAUGUGAGUUAUCCCUUGUUUGUGUCCAUUUUAUCCUCUCCACUAAUGGUUGCUAAUGCCAUUAUUCUGCUAGUGGUUCCUUAUUCAGGUAGCGGAUCAGAACAGAUCCAUUUCAUCAACUUAGUCCUUCACGUCAACUGACUUAAACAACGGUUGCACAGUUCUGGGGGAGUUGUAAGUCCUAAGGCUGACCCGUAGGACCAUGGGGUCACCGAGUUCUCGUUGAAUGUUUACCAUCCUGGUGCCAACUGGGUUUCCCAUUGUCUCCUGAGGCAUUCCACACUGGCUCUACCAGCAGUAGGCCAGGAAUCACUGCCACAGGUCACAGUGGCGAGGUUAGAAAAUGGCUGUUAGUGCUACUACUAGUCUGUUGCGACAAAGAUUCUGGUUAAUUGGUGCUUUCCAUUGCAGUACUACACACUUCUAUACACAGGCUAGAUCUCGUAACAUCUGGAGUGUACUGUAACAGAGUGGGAUUGUUUGUGUUGUUGUGAUGCAGUUCUGGGAAUUGUCUUCUUGACUGACAUACAGCCUUCGUACAUGUGUACACACACACACACACACACACACACACUUCAAAAAGCAGUAUGACAUCACUGGUCUCACUUCACACAAAAUGCUUGUCAAGGGAUUCUGAUGUUUUUUUGUGUAUUUUCUUUUUUUGUCUUCUGUCAUCAAAACAGUUAAAUACUGCCACUGUGACGGGUCCUCACAUACGACCCAACCUGGACCUCGCGUCUCUCUCCUCUCUCUCUCGCUUUCUUUCUCUAUCUCUUUCUUUCUCCGUCUCUCGCUCCUCUGUCUCUCUCCCGCUGCUGCUGCCGAGAUGAUGAUGAUGAUGAUGAUGAUGAUGAUGAUGGGUCACCCUGUAAAAGGCCAUGAGAACACAUUCAGAAGUUCUGACUUUUUCAGCACAACUCAUAACUGAAAAAUAUGUAUUUUUCCCCAACCAGCCUAUAUUCCACAGCUUGGUGUGAACCAGCCUAUAUUCCACAGCUUGGUGUGAACCAGCCUAUAUUCCACAGCUAGGUGUGGAGCAUGACACUUGUUUGUAAUGUAACAGUUUGUUCUCUUAGUUUUAGGUUACACAAACAUUGAAACAUUGAGGCCCUAUCGCCCACGUUGGCAAAUAAUGAUGAAUCAAAACACGUUGAAUGUUGCCUAGACGGAGGGAUAUUGGCUAACAGUUUAGCAAUCAAAUAUGUUAUUUUCGAGUAAUAAUUUCUUGAAAUAUGCUACAUUCGGUUUCAGACUGACUAAUUGUUCUCACCUCGCUCUGAACAUACUGUUGAGUGAUAGUCAUAGGAAAGGUUGGAGGAUUAUGUCUAACAUGCGCUUCAAUUUCUCGUGUAGAUACAUUUAUUCAAGUUGUAUAUUUACUCAAAGAAAUCACAUUGGUAUAUGUAACCUUUUUGUGUGUGUGUGUGUGAAUGUUCCCGCUGUCCCAUUUUAUGAUGUUCUGACAGUCCGGUUGUUCUUGGUGUUGAUGGAUGACAGAGAUUCUGUCUUGUGGGACUGUUGAUAGUGGGUUGCAGGAUGUUGUCCGCCGCCCCUUCACCCUGUCUGGGACUGUUCUCAGAUCAGAAUGAGUGGUGAGGAGCAACAUGUCUCAGUAAUGGCUAAAUGGAGGCCCUCUGGUGCUGUUGUACAAAAGCUGCUUUACAUAGAGUCUCUGGGUCUCUCCCUCUAUGCACACACCCUGCUGAAGCCAUGCCAUCUCUUGAAGGGGUUGCUGGGGGUGAUUUGCACACAAGAAUAUGUCUGAUAUAUGUUUGUGGAUUAACACAAUAGGUAUAGCGUAGUAGUGGAUCAGGUUAGUGUGUUUGCAUAUCGGGAGAAACUGAAGAGGAACAAUAGCAGGCCAUGAGCAAGGCCCAUUGAAUUUGGUUUAACAGUGGACAGAGAUACCCACCCUGUAGAGAGCUACAACCAUUCUGCCGUCACUGUGGGUCUGUUAGUAGGGCCUCUGUAUCGGCUUAACCAUGAGUUACUUAGUGUUUUUCACGAUGUUUCACUAUGAGUUGUUUUUUUGUUACUUUAGUUUUGAAAAGCUUAUUCAUUUGUGUGUCCUCUGCACUUUACUGCUGCGUGAGUGAGGCGCAGUGAAGGGAGGGACUGACGACGCUUUGUGGGGAGUGAGUGAGGCGCAGUGAAGGGAGGGACUGGCGACGCAUUGUGGGAGUGAUUGAGGCGCAGUGAAGGGAGGGACUGGCGACGCUUUGUGGGAGUGAGUGAGGCGCAGUGAAGGGAGGGACUGGCGACGCAUUGUGGGAGUGAGUGAGGCGCAGUGAAGGGAGGGACUGACGACGCAUUGUGGGAGUGAGUGAGGCGCAGUGAAGGGAGGGACUGACGACACAUUGUGGGAGUGAGUGAGGCGCAGUGAAGGGAGGGACUGACGACGCUUUGUGGGAGUGAGUGAGGCGCAGUGAAGGGAGGGACUGACGACGCAUUGUGUGAGUGAGUGAGGCGCAGUGAAGGGAGGGACUGACGACGCAUUGUGGGAGUGAGUGAGGCGCAGUGAAGGGAGGGACUGACGACGCAUUGUGGGAGUGAGUGAGGUGUCGGGUGCAUGGAGGGAGGUGAUUGGUUUGGUGAGUGGCUGUUUGGGCAAGGAAAAGGAGGAGAAUCAAUCUGGACGUGGAGAGUGUGGAAGGGACCAUGGCAUAAGGAAAUGUUUUGUUUAGUUCAUACAUUUGUUUAUUAUUUCCUGUAAGGAAAUAGACUGGCUCUAAUAUGGACUCCCAAAGAGUGAUCGAGUAGUGUUGUUCCUCCUGCUUUGGCGAUUCUUACACUAGCCCCUCCCUGCUUCAUCUGAUCUGAAAUACAUUGAGGUGUUUGUCUGCCUCAUAUCUAGUUUCCUCUUUUGUUGUGUAACAUUUUCUCUUCCGAUUUACUGUAUGAUUCUCCUCCUUUCAUAUCUGUAAUAUAGAAUGCACUUUCCACUAAAAUCCUGGCUAGUUACGAAAAAUAGCAAUGUAUAUUCUUUAAAGGUGUAAAAAAAAAAAAAAAAAAAAAAUCAAUAUACUUUUUCCCCUCGUGUAUUUUUAACCACUUAAUGUAG